AUGCGCUUUGCAGCCCUCGCCUUCGCCCUCGGCGCCGCCGCCUCCGCCAUUCCUUCGUCCACCACCCCCGACGACUGCCUCCGCGAGCACCACGACGCCAUCGCGCUACACUCCAAGUGCGCCGCCCGCCUCGCCCUUUCCCACUGUAUCUCCCAGCUCCCCUCCGCACCCGCAAUCUCCUCCAUUGAAGACUGCUACCGCGACGCGGGGUGUUCCGAAUUUGAUGCCCGUGAGGAAGCCGCCGACGCGCUCCCCCGCUGCCAGCAGCUCGCCGCUGAUGCCGCCGACGAACUCCGCCGCCGCAUGGCCGUUAUGAUCACCCCCGCGCCCCUCUUUCCACUGCCCGUCAUCGUCGCUCGCGAAAACGCACAGGGUGACGACUGCUUUACCACUGAAAUCAGCACUCAGAAAAUCUGCCCCGGCUUCGUCUCCGGCACCUCGCAACCCUGCCGCCAGGGUCCCGUCACUGCCAAGUCCUGCCGCUCCGGCUGGCUCUGCACCGAGGAUCCCAACGGCAAGGAUAUAUGCAUGUCCAAGGUCGACAAACUUGACAUUGGCGGCAUCAUUUGCGCUAUUGUCUUUUCUGUUAUCCUCGUCGGCGGCAUCAGCUUCCUCAUCUUUAUGAGCUGCGCCGAGAGCCGCGCCCAGAAGAAACUGAAUGCCCGCGUCGAAGCCACCGCGCUCGCCCGCGCCGCCACCAAGAAGAAGCGCGCCGAGGAGGUGCGCGCGCCACUCAUGGCCCAGCAGCAGCAGCAGCACACCGAGUACCGGACGCAGGGUAGCAGCGUCAACCCCUUUGGCGACGGCCAGCCUCACUAA